AUGUCUUCUCUCCUUCUGCGAAGUCUUUCGUUUGCCCGGUCGGCUUGUCGUCAGAGCGCUGGUGUAGGCGGUGCAAAGCGGACCUUCUCGUCGUCUACUGCACCUUCGAGCACCAACGGCUUCCGUCGUGGUCUGGCAUGCGCGCUUGGUCUCGGAACGCUCGCAGCGUCGGUUGCGUAUGCGCGACCUGUUCACCUCGAUGCAGGUGAAAGCGCACCAGUUGUAGUGGACCCUGCAACCAACAUCGAGUUCCCCAAGGCCAUUACCGUCCAGGCAAACACCAAACUACCACCACUCUCGCUGGUCGGAGUCGGCGUCCGCACCGUCUCUUUCAUCGGAAUCAAAGUCUACUCUGUUGGAUUCUAUGCAGACUUGAACAAUCCUAAUCUCAAGAUUCCUAAAGAGAUGAGUCCAGAAGACAAGGUCAGGGAGAUCAUCAAGAACACAGCUUGUGUAGUCCGAAUCGUCCCAACUCGGUCGACAUCCUACACCCACCUCCGAGACGCGUUCAUGCGAGCCCUCCAAGGCCGUCUGGCGGUUGCAAAGAAGGAAGGAACCAUCACCGAACAACAGGAAUUCGAGGCCGGAGGACCAAUGCGCAAACUCAAGAGCAUCUUCCCCAUUGCUCCUCUCGGCAAACACGUACCACUGGACAUGUACCUCGCUGCACCUACGCCCGGCAAGCCUCGCGCCCUCGUCUUCAGGGACCUCGGAGCUAUCGAGAACGACUGGGUAGCCACCGAACUCGUUCUCCACUACUUCGAGGGUGACGGACCAAGUCCUCCUCUCAAGAAGUCUGUCCUGGAACGAUUGGAGAACUUUUCGAGAUGA